UUAAACUUUUUACCUAACCAGGUGUAUUUCUUUACAUUUUGUUUUAAGUUGUUUUUUAUUGCCAGGUUUGAAUUGGGGCUUAGGUUGGGACUUGUCCACUGAGGAAUAUUUCUUUUCAAAGUAGUUGUUUUUUCUUGCUGUUUCUUUUUAUGUUUGUUAACCUACCUAUAGAUAGCUUACCUGACCAGUCCAUAUGCUAUACUGUAGGGAGGUUAGUUUAAAGCAAAAAUGUAAACUGCUUUUAUAAUGUGGUUGAUAAAGAUAUUAGGAUAUCUUCUUAAAAAGUCAGGCUUCAAUAUACUUAAGGUUUCCGUUUAUAAAUCUUAAUCUUCUCUGCUCUGAGCUGUCAGACUUUAACAAUUUUGAUGGAUUUAGGACCUUAGUAAUUUAGAUGAAUUUUGAUGUUUUAUAAGGGAGGUUUUGUAAGAUUUAAAUAAGGGAACAUAAUAGAGGUUUUGAAUUGAUAAUGUAUAGAAAUUUUAUCAUAGAGAUAAUAGAAGAGACUGUCAAGUUAAUGUUACUUAUGAAAGAUCUCCUCUUAGUAUUCCAGUGUAUGAAAUUGUCUCUGUUUCAUACCGGGCAUGGUAUUUGUCAUCUCAUCAUUUAAACAUUAAUCAAUUGUCUGUCUGUUUGUAUCUCUAUUAAGGAUGAUUUGCUUAAUUGUUUGAAGUAUUUUCUCCUUUAGAGACUGCUUAUCAAUAACAGCUGUAGUACUGUGGCUUUUCUCCAUGGAUGCAUGGUGGUCUUUGGAACAACGUUCUUCAACUUUGACAGGUGAGACAGAGGCUCUCCAGUGCCACUGCUUUUGGAUGAAUCUAGCUGCGGUUGGAGAAAGUGCAUCUUGCCAAAAUAUAUGGUUUUUUAUGUUAAAGCUCACAUGUAUGGCGCUUGGGAACUGUGUUGAAUUGAACAGUGCAUUUUCAUCUUGGUUUUCUUUAGGUGAUGCUAGGAGGCCUCUUCAUGAAACAGCAGUUUUGGUAGAAGACGUGGUACACACACAGUUAAUUAAUCUGUUACAGCAAGCCGCUGAAGUUUCUCAGCUUCGGGGAGCAAGGGUAAUCUCUGCUGAAGACCUUCUGUUUUUGAUGCGCAAAGAUAAGAAAAAGCUUAGAAGACUGCUAAAGUACAUGUUUUUCCGAGACUACAAAUCCAAGAUUGUCAAGGGCAUAGAUGAGGAUGACCUUCUGGAAGACAAACUGAGUGGCAGCAAUAAUGCAAACAAAAGACAGAAAAUCGCCCAAGACUUUCUCAACUCUAUUGACCAAACAGGGGAACUCCUGGCAAUGUUUGAAGAUGAUGAGAUUGAUGAAGUUAAACAAGAAAGAAUGGAGAGAGCAGAAAGACAAACUCGAAUUAUGGAUUCAGCCCAAUAUGCAGAAUUCUGUGAAAGUCGACAAUUAAGUUUCUCCAAAAAGGCCUCCAAAUUUCGAGACUGGUUGGACUGCAGCAGUAUGGAGAUAAAACCCAAUGUUGUUGCAAUGGAAAUUUUAGCAUAUCUAGCAUAUGAAACAGUGGCACAGUUAGUGGACCUGGCUCUUCUUGUGAGGCAGGACAUGGUAACCAAGGCGGGAGACCCCUUCAGCCAUGCCAUUUCUGCAACCUUCAUUCAGUAUCACAACUCUGCUGAGGGGUCUUGCAUGAAGUCCUACCCAGAGUCCCCUGAGAACACACCUCCUCCUACACCCACUGCUCCAUCAUCUGGAUCACAGCACUCAGGGAAAACCACAUCAGGAUCCCUAGGGAAUGGGAGUGCUGGACAAGACUCAGCUAAAACCAAGCAAAGGAAAAGAAAAAAGAGCACUGCGGCCUGUGGUGUUGAGGCUCACAGCGAUGCCAUCCAGCCCUGCCACAUCAGAGAGGCCGUUCGACGCUACGGCCACAAGAUUGGCCCCCUUUCCCCAUUCACAAGUGCCUACCGCAGGAAUGGGAUGGCUUUUCUGGCCUGCUGAUGGGACUGUGACUGUAACAACAGGAAAGGCACUGUUAUAGUAAGGUGAUUUCUGUUCCCCUCUUUGGACAAAAUAAAAUACAAGUUUACCUUCUCUGUAUCCUCA